AUGUCCACAACCACCUCCAACACCCCAUCGUCGGACCCCGGGAAGGAUAUCGAGUAUUGGCUGCAGUACAUCAACUGCGCGAUUAAACACCCCCCUCUCCCCUCGGGUAGCCAUGCCUACCAGGCUCACCUCAAUACCCUCCCCGACCUUCGCGAUCUUUACCAUUGUUUGUACAAACUCUACACGGAGGAAGGAAGUGCGGUGAACUUUCGUGAGCCAGUGAACGCGCUGGAGCCGGAGGUGUUAAGUUAUUAUCAAGUUGUAGAUCAACCGAUGAGCCUGCGCGUGGUGUUGGAUCGCAUCGUGGAAGGAAAAACUUACACCACGCCGGGGCAGAUCUUGGAUGACGUCGAGCUGAUCUGGCGAAAUUGUGAAACCUUUAAUGGGCCGAAUUCGACGAUUACGGCCGGGGCUCGGAACUGCGCCGCGGCGUUUGAUCGGAUUCGACAACGCUACGAGGAAGAAAAACCCGCCCCGAAAGCGGAGAUCGACGAGUUCUACAAUCUCAUGCAAAAGCACGGCAGCCUCGAGGUGAAUCAAGCGCUCUUAGAGUACUUUGAGAAAAACGACCCUGGUGUGCUUGUUGAAGGGGAGGUUUUGCUUGACAGCCUGACGAAUAAACACCUGCGAGCUAUUAUUCGUAUUGUAGAGCAAUUUACUCAAAAGGAUUCGUAA